GUCCGAUGGUCAUGAAUUGCAUGAUUGAUUUAGUCCUGCGCGAUAUAAAUGCGCAAGGAUACAUGCCAAGGGGAGCAGAAGGACAUUGACGGCGUGGCUGGUGCUGGUUCUAUUGUAUGGUGUUAUUCGCUGUUUAUUAAGUUGUAUCAGUUACUUUUGUGCAUACUGAAUUGUAGCAGUAAAAGCCUCUUAUUUUGUGUGCAAAUAUCGUGUGUUGCCUUGGGGAAAGCUUAGCAAGAUAGAUAACAUUGAAGAUAGAGGCGGGACACUACAACUGGCGACGAGGAUAUUGGAAGAUAUCGAAUUACAAUUGGCGAAGACCUGCUGGACUUGGACGAUAAAGGAAAUCGUUGGUAACUUUUUUGAUUGAAACAGAUCUAUUCUAUAUAGCAGGAAUAUAGCCAUCCAAGAUCAUGCAGAAUAACAUUGGAACGAUGCAACCAUUUGAUUCCGAUGGAGACCCGCACGGUAUUUCCCAACGGUGGCAACGUUGGAGACGUUCAUUUAAAUUAUAUUUGACGGCCAAGGGAACGACGGAAGAUAGCUCCAAGAAAGCUUUGCUUUUGUUCACCGCUGGUGUAAAGGUACAAGAUAUUUUUUAUACUUUAGCGGGACUCGAUGAAGAGAAAACAUUUACCGAAACUUUAAAUUUACUUGAUGAAUAUUUUACUCCGAAAUCCAAUAUUCCUUUUGAAAGACAUUUAUUCAGGCAAAUUAAACAGGCCAGUGAUGAAACGGUCGAUCAGUUUGUUUGUAGGUUACGUCAAAGAGCAACAACAUGUGGCUUCGAUGAUAAAGAAGAUGAUCACAUACGGGACCAAGUGAUUGAUAAUUGUCGGUCCAAUUCCAUGCGACGAAGAUUUCUCGAAAAGGAAAAUCUCGAAUUAAGUGAUUUGCUAAAAAUUGCAAGGGCAAUGGAAGCUGUUGAUCAUCAGGCAAAAGCAAUUGAAGCUGACGCAGAAUCGCACCAGGUGAAUUUAGUAAAUAAUCCAAGCCGUUAUACAUCUGUUACAGGAAAGGAAAGGGAAUGUUACUCUUGUGGCCGAAUCGGACAUUUUUCCAGAGAUAAGAUGUGCCCAGCAAGAGGUAAACGAUGCUCAAAAUGCGGAAGAAUGGGACAUUUCAAAGUUCGAUGUGGUAAAUUUCGAGGUAAACCUGCACGGCAACAAGGACAUAAUGAGCGAUGCCGAAACCAACCGAGAAUAAAUAAAAACGGUAAGCGGUUGAAUGAUACGAAUUGUGUUGAUUGUUCGAAUGACGAAAAUAGUGAGUUUACAUUCACCGUGAGAGAUCACAAUUCCUACCAUGAUGGAAUAAUUACUUUAAAUGUGGGAGGAGUUAAUUUGUCGAAUGUAAUAAUUGAUUCGGGUGCUUGCCGAAAUUUCAUGGGAAGCAAUACUUGGGAAUGGCUGAAGAGUGAGAGAAUUGUGUGUAAUUCGAGAAAAUGCUCGAUACCAUCACUCUACGCUUAUGGAAGUACUAAACCACUUCAGGUUUUAGGUACGUUUACUGCUAAUGUUUUCGUUUUGAAUAAUGAAAGUAAAUGUCGGACUGAUUUUGUUGUUGUCAAAGGCAAUUGUCAAACUUUGUUAGGAAAAGAAGCUGCAACAAAACUUAAUGUAUUAAGAGUGGGGCCCGUGAAUGCAGUGAGUUCCAAAACUAUUGAUACUUCAAAUUCUGAUAUAUUUUCCAAGUAUGGAAAAUUGUUUGAAGGAAUUGGCCUUUUAAAAGAUUACAAAUUGACUUUGAAUAUUGACAAAACUGUUAAACCAAUUGCUCAACCUCUGCGCCGUAUACCAUAUGCGUUGCGAGACAAAGUAGAUGCAAAAAUAGAUGAAAUGCUGAAAGCAGACAUAAUCGAAAAAGCGCCUGAAGGUCCAAGUACCUGGAUUUCGCCUUUAACUGUAGAUCAUAAAAAGGAUGGAGAUAUUAGAAUUUGUGUUGACAUGCGCCGAGCUAACCAAGCCAUACUCCGUGAAAGGCAACCUAUACCGACUGUUGAAGACUUACUCCACGACUUGAGCGGAAGUGCCGUAUUUUCGAAGUUAGAUCUGAAAUGGGGGUUUCAUCAAAUAUUGCUUGAUGAGAAAUGCCGAUAUAUCACAACGUUCGUAACUAAUAAUGGAAUUUUUAGAUACAAAAGACUUAUGUUUGGUUUAUCAUCUGCACCAGAAAAGUAUCAGCAAAUAAUCAGAGACGUUGUGAGGAACUGUCGGGGUGUCGCAAACAUAGCGGACGAUAUCAUUAUCCAUGGGCGGAAUGUGAAGGAACAUGAUGAAAGAUUAUUUGAUGUUCUUGAUAAGUUGGACAAAGCCGGUCUAACGCUGAAUGGUAUGAAAUGUCAAUUUCGACUUCCUGAGAUCAAGUUUUUUGGUCAUAAGCUCACAAGUCAAGGUAUUGAUCCUUGUGAGGAAAAGGUGGCGGCAGUAAGAAAUGCACGACGACCAAAAGAUACCAGAGAAGUGAAAUCUUUUAUGGGUCUUGUUCAAUAUUGUGCAAAGUUUAUACCAAACCUUUCUUCGAUUGCAGCGCCUUUACGUGCAUUGACUAAGAAAAAUUCUAAAUUUGAUUGGGAUAAGCAAUGUGAAAAUUCAUUCGAAAGAUUGAAACGUUCAUUAACUAAUGCAAACACAUUAGCUUAUUUCAGAUCUGACUGCAGGACAAGAAUAAUUGCAGAUGCUUCACCGACAGGACUAGGAUCCGCUUUAACCCAAUUGCAAGACGGAAUUUGGAGAGUAAUUUCGUAUGCUUCGAGGACAAUGUCAGACGUAGAAAGACGAUAUAGCCAGACGGAAAAAGAAGCAUUAGCUCUAGUGUGGGCAUGUGAGAGAUUUAACUUGUAUAUUUUUGGCAGGAAAUUUGAACUUGAAACCGAUCACAAACCUUUGGAAUGCAUAUACUCUAAAACUUCAAAGCCCUCAGCAAGGAUUGAACGAUGGGUAUUGCGAUUGCAAGCGUAUGACUUCAAGGUAAUAUACCGACCGGGUAAGAAUAAUAUUGCUGAUGUAUUAUCUCGUCUUAAUGCGCCUGACCAGCGUGAUACAACAGCGGAAUAUGAUUUCUUCAUACGAAUGGUUGUACAAAGUAGUUGCCCGAUUGCUUUGACGCCACAUGAAAUUGAGCAGGCAUCUGCUAAAGACCCUGAAUUGCAAAUUGUGAGAGAUUGCAUUAAAUCACAGAAUUGGUCAAAGUGUGGUAAUUCAUUUUUGCAUGUGAAGAAUGAACUUUGUAUUUAUGGUCAAUUAAUUUUACGUGGUACGAGAAUUGUAAUUCCACAGAUACUCAGAAAACGUGUUCUAGAGCUUGCACAUGAAGGACACCAAGGAAUUGUGAAGACGAAAAAUCGACUUCGAAGUAAAGUGUGGUGGCCAAACAUUGAUCGUGAUGCUGAACGAAAAUGUAAAGUAUGUCAUGGAUGUCAGGUAACAAGUUCGUAUAGUCCGCCCGAACCAAUGACGCGAACACGACCACCCAGUGGACCUUGGAUAGAUUGUUGUGCCGAUGUUUUAGGACCUUUGCCUUCUGGUGAUAACAUACUGGUCUACACCGCAUACAACGACAGGAGUAUCGCCAUAUUAUUUGAUGUUUGGUCGAGAGAUGAGAACAAAGCUUCCAGAAAUCAGACCAAAAUUAUGAGCGUCCAAGGCGAGAACGAAAACUGCCUUCCAGAUUUAAAGACUUUGUAA